AUGAACGGCCACUCUGCCAACGGUCAUGCCAAUGGCCGCGCUACUAACGGGCACGCUUCGCCUGUUAAGGACUCUGGCUUACUGCCAAAGUUCAUCGACGCUGUCCAUGAGCUCGAAUACUACCGGAACGGAAAACCCGUAAAGUUGGACGGACAUUCUUUGUCGAUUCCAGCAGUCGUGGCGGCAGCGAGGUUCAACUCGCCCGUGACGCUUGACUACAGCCCCGAGGUGCAAGACCGCGUCGCCAAGAGCCGAGACGUUAUAGUCGAAAAGGUAAACGGCCUCAAGAGCGUCUACGGUGUUAGCACCGGUUUCGGUGGCAGUGCUGAUACCCGAACGAGUAAUACGCUGGCGCUGGGCCAUGCCCUACUCCAGCAUCAGCACUCGGGCGUGCUCCCUUCGUCGACGAAGGCCAGCUCUGCGCUCCCUCUCUCCGACCCUCUCACGUCGACAAGCAUGCCUGAGGCUUGGGUGCGCGGAGCGAUCCUCAUCCGGAUUAACUCUCUUAUUCGGGGACACUCGGGCGUCCGGUGGGAGCUCAUCGAGAAGAUGGUCGACCUUCUCCGUGAGGAUAUCGUCCCGCUCGUUCCCCUCCGCGGCAGUAUUUCGGCUUCCGGGGAUCUUGCGCCACUGUCGUACAUCGCCGGGACUCUCACUGCGAAUCCCUCGAUCCGUGUAUUCGACGGCCCCCGCGCGUCCGGUCAGCGUGUCAUCAAAUCUUCUCGGGAUGCUCUCAGAGAGCACAAGAUCGAGCCCGUCGCGCUGCAGUCCAAGGAACAUCUCGGUAUCCUUAAUGGCACGGCGUUCUCUGCCUCGGUCGGCGCUCUUGCUUUGAGCGAAGCCGCGCAUCUUGCUCUCCUCGCGCAAGUCUGCACGGCGAUGGGCGUCGAAGCCCUCGCAGGCACCCGUGGCUCCUUCGACCCCUUCAUUCACGACGUUGCCCGUCCACAUCCCGGACAGGUCGAGUCGGCGCGCAUGAUCCACGAUCUCCUCGAAGGCAGCACAUUCGCUAUCACGGCUGAAGAAGAGGUCACGAUCUCCGAGGACAAGGGACACCUCCGGCAGGACAGGUAUCCCCUGCGGACUGCGCCUCAAUUCCUCGGCCCCCAAAUCGAAGACAUCCUGUCCGCUCUGGAGACGGUGACUCUGGAAUGCAACUCCACUACGGACAACCCCCUGGUUGAUGGUAACACCGGGACCGUGCACCACGGCGGCAACUUCCAGGCCAUGGCCGUCUCGAACGCGAUGGAGAAGACGCGGCUCGCGCUGCACCACAUCGGCAAGAUCCUCUUCGCGCAGUCCACGGAGCUCAUGAACCCGACGAUGAACCGCGGUCUGCCCCCGAACUUGGCCUCGACGGACCCGAGUUUGAACUACCACACGAAGGGUAUCGACAUCGCCACCGCGGCAUACGUCGGCGAACUUGGGUACCUUGCCAAUCCCGUGUCGACACACGUCCAAAGUGCCGAGAUGCACAACCAGGCGGUGAACUCGCUGGCUUUGAUCUCGGCCCGGGCGACUAUCAAUGCCUUGGAAGUGCUGUCCAUGUUGAUCUCCUCGUAUCUUUACUGCCUGUGCCAAGCACUUGACCUUCGUGCCAUGCAGGCUGAGUUCAUGGAAGGUGUUUCCAAGAUCGUCCGAGAGGAGCUGUCGACCGCUUUCGGAUCCUCGCUGGAAGGCUCGUCUCUAGAGGGGCUCUCGUCUCAAAUCUUCUCGGUCGUCGUCGACGCCUUCGAAGAAACGAGCUCGAUGGACGCUGCGCCUCGCAUGCAGCACAUCGCCGCACAGACCACCACAGCCCUCUUCGACUUCCUGUCUUCCCCGGCACCCCAAGCACUUGCCUCCAUCCCAUCCUUCCGUGACAGCCUCGCUAAGCGGUCUACGGACCUGCUGAAGCAGCUGCGUCAGGACUACUUGUCUGGUACUCGGGGACCUGCCCCUGCAAUCCCCUACUUGAGCAGGACGCGACCGGUAUAUGAGUUCAUCAGGGUGAAGUUGGGUGUCCGGAUGCACGGCUCCGAGAACCUGCAUCUCUGGGAGAACGGCGCUGGCGUGGAGGAUGUUACUAUCGGACAAAACAUCAGUUCGAUCUACGAGGCCAUCCGGGACGGUCAGAUGCAGGAAGUGGUUGUGGGCCUCUUCAAUUAA